AUGGCCAGCUCCGACGACUCCGCCGCCACCGGUAAGUCCUCCGAAGUUACUGACACUCCAUCUAAACCUCUUUUAUCUUCCUACAUCGAUGAAUUCAACCAGCUCCACCAUUCGCCACCACCCUCCGAAUCGGACCCAUCGUCGUCAUCUCACUAUCCGACGAAUAUCACUUAUAACCACCAAUCCCCUCGCCCCAUCAAAGACAUCACUUUCCUCAUCCUUUUCCUCCUUUUCGUCAUCUCCACUUUCGCCUUCGGUAUCUUUGCUUCGAUCAAUAAAAACCCUAAUUCUUCCUCCGUUUCUGCUUUUUCUUAUGAUAUCAGUUCCGAUUCUUGCAUAAAACGCCGUAGCAGCUCAGUUAUCGGGGAUAGAGAUUUGUUUCUUAAUUUAUUCCGGUCUGAUUCUGAUUAUAUCUUGAAGAAUUUGAUACUCACACUUGUAAUUACUUUGAUCUUAAGCAUACCCAUCUCUUUGUUUGUACUAUUUUCACUCAAACAUUACGCCAAACAGUUGGUCCAAGAUUUCCCUUUAGCUUACAGAAUCCUAGUGCUGGUGUUUGUUCUUUUAAUAAUCGGGGUGAUUGUGUGGAUCUUCGUGGUCAAUUGGAGUAGAAUCGAGUUGACUGUGAACAUAAUCAGGGUAUCAUCCGGCGCUUUGUCCAACAACUUAGGGCUGUUCCUCGUUCUUCCCGCAUUGAUCCUUGGGUUGCUCGUUUACUAUGUCCCAAUCGUAGUGUUCAUGAUCUUUGCAAGGUUAAACGGCGAAAUUGUUCCUAGGGAAAAACAAGGGAAAGUUUUCUGCGUGUGGAAACAAGAUAGUUGGGUUCCAGCUUACUUUGCAUUGGCGAUUCUUACGAUGUUAUGGUCUGCAACUGCAAUGGUGGAAGCACAAGUUUAUGUAAUCAGCGGAACCAUCGCUCAGUGGUACUUCACAAAAGACGAUUCAAAGGCCAAAAAACCCAUACGAAGCUCCCUGAGAAACGCAUUUGGCCCAUCAUUCGGAACUAUAUGUUUCUCUGGAUUAUUAAUCGGUAUUGUUCGAAUCGUGCGAGCUGCUGUUGAUACUGCAGCAAAUGAAGACGCGAGUGACAUGGUUAACCUAAUUCUACGAUGCUUUGUCAACGCCUUACUUUCAGCCUUCGAAUUUCUCAACAAAUUCACCAUAAAUUUUUCCGCCAUAACUGGUGAAGCUUACUGUUCAUCUGCUAGGUUAACAUAUGAACUUCUAAGACGCAAUCUUCUCUCAGCUGUUAUCGUACAGACUAUUUCCACUCGUUUGUUGGCUGCAAUCAUCUUUGUUCUGUCAGCAAUCUAUGCAAUUGUGGUUUGUGUGAUAUUAAAUGCGGCAAGUGGGCUAGGGGUAGAUUCGUACUUUAUAGCUGCAAUGGCGUUUUUGGUGUUGCUAGUGGUUCUUGGGUUUUUGGUGAAUGUGCUGGAUAAUGUGAUAGAUACGGUUUAUAUAUGCUAUGCGAUUGAUAGAGAUAAAGGGGAGGUGUGUAAGCAGGAAGUUCAUGAGAUUUAUGUUCAUCUGCCGAUUAAUAGGAAUCAUAAUCCGGCGUAUUUAAAUGCUACAACUCCACUUCUUGUAUGAUUUUGGAAAAUUUUGUUAAGUGUUUGUAUAACUUUGAUUAUUUUUUGUAUGUUACUGUUGUGUACCAUUUUUCCUUUGAGGAUUAGUUUUGGUUUAGUGGUUGAUCUUUAAUCGGAGGAUUUUGUUGGAUGUUGUACAUUUUUGGAUGUCGUUGUAUCUUUUUCGUGGUAGGAUAUAAAUAAAUAUGCUCAUGGUAAUCGUUUUGCAAGAGAAACACCUUUGGAUUUUAUAAUUACUUAG